CCUUUUUUUUCUAAACUUAUUCGUUGACGAUUUUUGCUACAAUAGUGACUUGUGCAUCUUAAAUUACAUUAUUGUUAGCUGUGUUAUUAUAAUUAAAUAUGGAUGAUUAUGCAUUUGUGAAGAGAUCUCUAAACACAAGGGGCCAGCAAGAUGAUAGAUUCAUUUGUCAUCGAGAAAAAUUAACAGAAAUACGACAAUGCUGGCGUCCUCAAAGCUCACAAAAAGGCAAUGAUAUUUUGGACCUGAAAAAUUGGGCCAGGAGGAACUAUACACGUCACUUGGACAACGCUUUCGGGUUGGAUAAAGAUAAUAAGGAUGAUGUGGUAAAAUCAUGGCCGUGCAUUCCACGUAGGAAAAGCUAUCUUACUUCAGCUGAUAAUGUCCUUGAUUUACCUACCUUUAGUCAUGCUGACUUUUCAGAAUUAUUAGAUUGGAGUAAUAAGGAUAUUCUAGUUGCUGCCUUGGGUAGCAGCUACUACAAGUGGAGUUGGGAUACGCAGAGAAUAUCAGGACGCGGUGGCACAAAUAACAACAUUCAAACAUGCAAAUUCGACCCUAAUGGAUAUAGGCUUGCGUUAGGUAUGACGGAAUGCUCUCUUCAGAUACAUGACACCGAAACAAGCAAGCACCUAGUACAUAAAAAAUGUACGUGUUAUAUUAAAAAUGGUUGUUCAAUUACCUCACUCGAUUGGAGUCCCACGGGAAAUGGCCUUAUUGUUGGGUGUUCUCGAGGCGAAGUAACGUCAUACACUUACGAUCUUAAAAUCGUGGCAUUCUUCUGCAAGAGACCGAGUUAUAUGCCACCAAUAUUUUGCGUUCGAAUAUCCCCGGAUGCAAGAUUCGCGGCCAUCGCGACUUUGCAAUCAUCAGAGGUCUUUGUAGUCAGCUGGCCGUUUUUGCAACUACAUCGCGUCGUUGUGUUUGAAGAGUCUAUUCCAACGGCGAUGUCUUGGCAUCCUUGGUGUAGCGCGCUCCUAUGCCUCGGUGGUGUGACCAAUGCGAACCACACGCAAGUAGCGGUGUGCUCAGUUCCUAAUGGGAAGAUGCAACAAACAACGCUGGUGGGGACAUAUAGCUUAGACGCGAUGCUCUUCAGCAAUAAGUCUGGCGAAUUAGUGUUGAGUCUUUAUAAUACAGAAAGAGGCUUACGAUACCCAAAAAUCAGUUCUCGUCUCGUAGUAUUAAGCGACCUUUCAACUGUGGUGGACCAAUGGUCUGAUGACGGGCGGACUGGACUCGAUCGAGUUCGGACUAUGGUUAGCAAUCCCGAUGGAACCAAGCUAGCCACAGCGACGUUAGAUGAAGAUUUAAUAAUAUGGAAUUUUCUUCCGGAAACAAAAGAAAAGACGAAGUCAAAAAGAAAUUUGACAUCAAUAGCGGUAUACUUAGAUAAUUUAGCAGGUUUCUCUCGCUGAAUAAUUUGUUGAAUGGAAGCGCUGGCAUCUUCAUUUAUUUGAUAUCAAUAAAUUGUUAUUUUAAAGUUUA